CGCUGCUGCCCGGCCGGGUGGGAAGAGGUGUGAUGUCCAAGGUGCUAGCGAGCGAGAGCCGCGCAGCAGGCCCACAAGAGGAUUGCCCGGGCAGCUCCAGAAGGAGGAGCUGGGGGCUGUUGGCCACGGCUGGUGUCGGUGGGACCUUGGUGGCGCUCUAUGCUGUGGUCACCCCCUUCGUGAUCCCGGCUCUGAGGAAAGUGUGCCUGCCCUUCGUUCCUGCAACUUCCGCUCAGAUCCAGAAUGUGCUGAAAAUGCUAGAAAACAGAAGCGGUUCCCUAGUUGACAUUGGUAGCGGGGAUGGCCGUAUUGUGAUAGCAGCUGCAAAAAGGGGAUUCAAAGCAGUUGGUUAUGAAUUAAAUCCCUGGCUAGUCUGGUACUCCAGAUACCGUGCCUGGAGAGAUGGGGUACAUCAGAACACCAAAUUUUAUAUUUCAGACUUAUGGAAGGUUUCUUUUUCCCAUUAUACGAAUGUUGUUGUUUUUGGGGUACCUCAAAUGAUGCCACAGUUGGAGAAGAAGCUGCAAAAAGAACUUGAAUGUAAUUCCAGAAUCAUUGCCUGUCGGUUUCCUUUUCCUUGCUGGAUCCCAGAUCAUACAACUGGAGAGGGAAUAGACACUGUGUGGGUCUAUGAUUUGAAACGUUCUAGAGGAUGUGAAACAAAAAACUUGGGAAUUACACCAAAGACAGAAUCCUAAACAUCUGAUUUGGUUUUGUACUGAAAGUUUUGUCUUUGACUUCACCUGUUAAAGAUAAGUUUAAUGUGAAUAGAGCCCCAGGAUAUGGAGAUAUAUAUGCACUAAUAUAACUGAAGUACACCAGUUAUCUGAAAGCACACAAAGAUUAGUGAAAGGUGUAGUUAAAUGGCUUAAUGUAGUUAGUAAAAAUUAUGAGAAAGUUUAAUAGAAGCGGAAAACUUUAAUAUGGAAAAUGGGAUAAAACAUGGUUCACUACUGUUAAGGGGAAUAUAUGUGUAAGUUAAAAUGCUCAAAUUGGCGAAUUUAAUAUGUGCAUUCUUUCUGAACCGAUGUAGCGUUUGUUAUUGGUGUUGGAAGUGGUGUGCAAGUAGCUUCUCAAAUGAGCCGUGGUUCCCAAAUGUCUUAAUUAUGUAUGCCAAGUAGGCAUAAUGCUGCAUACGUCAAACUGAUGCAGACUGAGUAUGAUGAUAAUACCAAUGUUUUACACCUCAGCAUUGAAUGUGUACUUUUUAAAAUUGAGUAUGACGUAACAAGCAAAUAUAACAAGUUGCUUAUUCAUUAAUAGACGUGCAGCCCUUGAUUAUGUUCAUGUGUUUUUAUUUAACUUGUUAUGUGAAGACAAAACUGCAGAAAUAUGCUCUUACUCAAUGCUUACUGGUAUAAGCCUUUGCAAAUGACCAUGAAUCUUCCUAACCUCUCUGAUUUAGGAAGGGUUUCAAAAGUCACCCAUUUGGCAGUGAAGUGGUCACCACUUCUGUGUGCUCAAGCCUUGAAUAAGGUACGGGUGAGAGUUUCUUAUCUGAAUGUGUCAUGAAGACAGUCUCCGAUUCCAGAGCUAGCUGGUCUGGCUAGCUUGGUUAAAUCUGAUUAGAUCUCAUUUAAUUUAUAGUGAGAUGGGAAGGAGGUUUUCAGUCAGGCUGCUUUUCCCCUCUGCUUUUCUGUGCCAUCUGAUGAGAUCUCAAACUCAUGGCAUUGUUGCAUGGCUUUUCCUUGGAAGUGAAGCAAGUUCUCCCUGUCCUUUUGCUGAUACUGGUUUGCAGUGGGGUAUUGUUGCUGCUGUGACAUUUUCCUUUUCUAACGUCGUUGCAGCACUCUUCUAUUUUAUUUCUUUUGGUUCCCAGGUAAAGUUACACAACUGUAAACAUGGAGACUGUAUGUAUCAAAGAACACUGAUUUCUGGUAAGCAGUCUUCUACAGCCUUUCACUGCAGUGCAACAUACUGCAUCUUGUAAAACGACACUAAACUCUUUCUACUGUGAUUAUAAGUGUUAUGAUUAUUACACAGUGACAGAACAGGGCUACAGUGGCUUAUCUAAAAUGUCUGAAUUUGCUUUAAUAUCCCAAGGCCCUAAAACUGGAACCUCAGACAAAGGAAAUCUGAUGUUAUUUCUAUUGGAAAAAGACCAUACAAAGGGGAAAUUAGCUAAUUAAGCUGAGUCCUUCCCCAAAUGAUUAUAAAGGAGAAGAGGAGGCAGAAGAUUUUGAUCAGGUGUGUUGUGACUAAUCUCUGUAGUGCUGUGCUUUGACGCAAGUUUCUACUGCCUACUUUCACCAAAGUUAGUUUGCAGGGAAUGAAGUGGGUAUUUACUUUUUCUGUAGUGUUUGGCUAUAUGUUUGUCUAUUGCAUUAUCGUUUACCUGUUAAAAGGUAAAACUGAAUUUCUCAAUUCUGCCUGUGGUAAAGGCUUUGGGGUGUGUACUUAGUUACCACCUAUCGCUCCAGAAAUAUUUGUUGGGGAGGGCGAGAUAAAAUGAAUGAUGUGAUGGCCUGAGCUUUAGGAGCACUAAGUGCUGUCCUCAAGGCAUGGAGAGAUUUAUGAAUGCUUUUAAAGUAAAGCAGGGUGCUGUUUCUUGCCCUGGCCAUUUACUUUUGGGGGCCUACACUGAGACAGUAGUCUGAAGGUUUGGAAUUCCUUAUUACAUAAGAAAAUGUGCUGUAUUUCCUGUUUCCAUGGCUGGUGUAAAAUGGAAAGCAAAUUCCUCUAAUUUACGCAGGGGGACUGGGAAAGCAUUUUCUGGUCGCGUUCUCAAUUUUUCUAUCGCUUUCUCUGUUCAUUAGGUAGUUUACAAGAUUAAAUACUUAACUGUGACUUCAGUUAUCACUAUAUGGAUUAUUAUGUUGAUACACUUCCAAUUGCUAGGGUAAUGUAUUAUGAUUUUGUUGAUAUGCUACUUCUGAAAACCAGGAGAGCCUUAGAGAACUGGCUUAAUCAAAUUAUCUUGUAGGUCUGAAGCCAAAAGAAGGCAACAUUCAAGCUACACAUGCUGUUCAAUACCAAAGUAAUUGAGAUACACAGAAAAACCUGUAGUUUAUCUUUGUUUAUGUUGUUUAGUAGAAUCACUUGCCUUUUGGGAGUUACUUGUUUUAUUCCUUCCGUGUCCUGCCAGAUCUUGGCAAAAAAGUUGCUGCAUUGCUGAAUGAGUAAUGCUUUACUGAAAUACUGUAGAAUUUGAUCUGUUUGAAAAUAAUACAGGUCAGAAUUCUCCAGGAGUCAGACUUUCAUAUUAUUUUUUUUUUUUGCAUUGAAGCUCAUUAUGUCCCCAACAGGCUUUGUGAUGCAAGAUCAAUUGUACCAAUGCAUUGUCUGAGUGCUACAAUUCUAACUUUGUAGUUUUCUAUUUUGCAUAAAUUGGCUUUCUAGGGAGAAGGAGAAGGGUAUGGCUACAAGUGAGCUGUCGUAUAUGCAGGUUGCUCUGUAUGCUGCACAGUCACUACAGCUACACAGCAAUGUCAGCCAAGCUUGUCCAGAUUUGUUUGUGAAAUGUGCACAUAUUUUGUGAGCUUUAGGCAUUUCUGUAUUACUGAGUGUACUGAAGUUCUUGACUUAUCCUCUGGCCUGAUUAUAUGCUGCCACUUAAUCUAAUAUUGCUCCGAGGAAGUUAAUCCUCUGUCUCUGAGCUGCUGUUUAUUUCUGACUCAUGAGUUGUAGCCAGGUAAAAAGGUACAGAAUCAAGUCUAAAAUAAGGUACCACAUUUCAUAAGCCAGUUGAGUAAGGUCUGCGGGGAAAAAAGUUCCAAAGCCCAGGCUUUGGGAAAGUCUUUCACCUUUAAUGAAGGACACAACUCAGGAGGUGACAGAGGUUUUCUGAAUUCUGCAUAAGUUUUUUUUUUUUUUAAGAAGGACUUGAGCUUUGCUUUUUUCACGCGUGUGUUCUUUAAAAAUUUUUACCACUGUAGUACCAUUCCAAGAUCUACAGGGGAGGGGAAGUAAGCAGAGGUAGCAUUUUGUUUACCUCUUCUUUUGAGCUAUGGGAGGAAGGAAAUCUUACAGCCCAAGUAUGGCAGUUCGAGCUGUUUCAAAAGCAGUUUGACAGACUUGUGCAUCAGCAGCGUAUUUCUCAUUGGAUAGGAGCGUCCAUUCUAAGAGUGGGCUGUGAUGAGCACUCACUCAGAAGUGGGUUCAUGGCUGAUGCCGUUACACUUGAAUGAGCACUAAUUAUUGAUAGAUUGACUCAUACUUCUGUAGUUUUGCUUUGCAUAAUGGUUUACAAAUACCGAGGCAUUUAUUCAAGAAAGCACAUGGAUCCUUCAAAUUCAUGGUUGAAAAGGGCACCCCAACAUCAGAUUUAAUGCCAGUAAAUUCUGCUUAGAGUGCCAAGUUUGUAGUUCUCUAGUUUUACAAUGUAGCCCCAACUUGUUUUUCAGAAGUAACAUAUGUUUCUUCUGGAAGACUUCUGGAGUUCUUGAUAAGACAAUGGGGCAUCUGUGUUUAACUUAAAAAUGACUCUUGAGUGAGAACUGCAGAAUUAAUAUUUUCAGUUUUUUUCUUUUUACGAUAAUCUUUCUAUUCAUCAUUGUAUGCUUCACUGAAGGAGACUUAUACAUGGAUAGUUACCAUUUUUUUUUCUUCAUUCUUUUUCUGAAUUCUUCUUACUUCAGUGUUUGCUUUUAUUUUUUGUAUUCUCUUUUUACAGUUUGACUGUUUGACUUAAAUUCAUCAGAUCUUCUCACUUCCUGUAAUAUUUUUUUCUGUAAACUAGUUGCCUUUUUUCCAGCAACUUUGCAGGAAGGCUAAAUAUGUUAAGGAACGUCCUUUUUCUCUCUAACAUUUCAACAUGUAUUUAACUAACCUCCUUGAUUUAUUUAGCGGUCUGUAUGCUGACAUAGCAUGACUUUUGUUUCCAGUAAAUGAAAGAAAAACACAUCCGCUCAUAUGGUAUUUAGACUGAAAAAUAGCCUCAGUCUACAACAAUUCUCACUAUUUAGUAGUUUUAAGUACUUAAUUUCACAUUUUUAUUAUAUUUUAUCAGAUGGAAAAUGAAUACAGGCCUUUUAUCCGUUCAGUAGUUCUUUGGAUAUGGGUUGUUUGUUCAGGUGGGACUUUUGCUGAUGUCUUUUUCAUAGUAUAAUGUUGGGCUUUCUAUUAGAGGCAUUGGUUGAAAUGUUGGACUGAUGUUUUUCCUGCAAAGUGCUGUGUAGUCCUUGAAGAAUCACUGUAAUACAAUCCAGUGAACUGCUAACAUUGGUAAAAAUUAACCUGCUUACCAGUAAAUGUGCAGGGAUAUUUUUCAGCUUACUGUAUAUGUUGUGGUUUUUAAAAAUAAAGUAGGCUUUUGAAGACCCAUAUACAGCUUGUGGCAUAAAGUUUUGAGGUGAGCAGAGGUCUUUUGCAAGGUCAGAAGCAGUAAAUUAAUGGCUUUCAACCUGAGCUUUGUGAGUACUUUCUGAGCAAUCCACAAAAAGUAAUUUAAAAAGCAGAUGUACUAUCAGUGGGUUUAUAUUUGCUGCCUGUGGUUGUGUCCUUCCAUUGGAAUAUUUUAAUGUCUCUGAAAUGAUCAUUUGAGAAUCCCUGAACUAAAAAUAAAGGUUUAUGUAAAACAUUUGCUAAAAGGAAAUGAGUUUAUCAAAGUGAGGAUUUUUUUUCUUCUUUCUGUUCUUGCUUGCAUGGACUGUUGAGCCUUGAAGCUCUGCAGUAUACAAAUGUUUGAGCCUCUGUCUUUUAUGAUAGGCUUGUAACUUCACGUUUCCCUAUGUGAGAGUAGCCACAUGGCUUUGCAUAUUCCCAUUGUGUUCUAAUAAUUCUAGAUUUUUAUGUAAUCUAUGAUAGAUCUGGUUAAAGGGUUUA